AUGUCGUCCUCAUCUGGCGAUGACCAGGACGCGUUCGUGCUUGACUGCAUCACAAACUGGACGGCCGAAGGCGCAUCGCAACUUCAAGCCUCUCUCCAGGAGGCCAUCGCACAUGCACAGCACCAUCAAGAUGACUCGCGCCUGUCUUCGCUCUUGAUCGCAUCUCUUCGCUCGCUCUGCUUAGCAUCACGCACAUCGGAGGACUCCAUAUGUGGUCUCCUUGAAAGAGUCAACGGAGACAGCCAAGAGGAGGGAGUACCAUCGACCUUUACAGAGACCCUCCUCGAUUCAAUAUGGAGCGUCGACCUCGAGAUCGAGUCCCGCACCGACUGGCUAUCUUCCCACGCGCCACCAGCCGAAGGCGCAAUUUCGGUCGGCUUAGAAGCCGAAGAGCCAAUACCCGCGGCAGUUGCGCGUCAGCGCCUAGCAGGCCUUGUCCAUCUCCUCAUAUCCACAAACGUCCUCGACCAGGACCAAGUGGCCGAAAGACUGGAGCAAAGUCUUCUCGCCUUGAUCGGUCUCAUCCCAAAUGAAGGCUACUUUCAGAAGCGCUCCAUACAGAUCCGUACCGCGCGACUCUUCAAGCAGCAAAAGUUCAAUUUGCUUCGCGAGGAGAACCAAGGCUACACCGCGCUCAUCACCGAGAUCGUCACCAACCUCGGGCCUGCUGUCGCUGCUGUCCGAUGUCAAGGGCCAAGUCGGGAUGCUGCUACUGCAUCAGCAUCCAUAUUCGGCGAUGAUUCCGUCACUGUUGUCGAACAAGAGUCGCCGCUCGUCCGCAAUCGCCGAGCUGCCCGCGUCAUGACCAAUGUUCAGGCGCUCAUCGGCUACUUUGACCUCGAUGCCAACCGCGUUCUUGACAUUAUCCUCGACCUCUUUGCCACCGAAGUCGUGCGUCAUUACCCCUUCUUCCUUGCUUUGCUCGCAGUCUCCCCUUGGACAAACGCGGAUGCGUCUUCUCCAUCAUCAGCAUCCGCCUCCAACGGCGCCAACACGAAUGUCUUUGGCAGCGUCAAUCUCGAUCUUUCUUCCGACCCAGGUGACGGCAUUUGCGCUCAGCUGCUGGGUUUCAAGUUUGCCCACUACUGCCAUCCUGACAUCAAGGACGCAACGCCAGACGAGCUCUACUUCCUGGCCGCGCUUCUCAUCAAAGAAGGUCUCGUCCGCUUCGCCGAUCUCUAUCCUCACCUGUCUCCGGACCAAGAAGGCAUGAACAAGCUCCAGGUCAAGCACCGUCAAGCUAUGUCUGCUAAGGUCUCGAGUGCUCGAGCUAACGCGCUAUCCAUGGCGGCGCCCCUGACGGAUGACUCGGACCCAUCUUCAACGCGAAAGGACUCGGCCAAGACCGCCGCUGACGUGACCCCGAAAGAGCCACCAUACCAGACCGUCGGUCUGUUGCGAGCGUUACUCGCGUUGGGCGAUUUGCGGCAUGCCCUGUUCAUCCUUACUCGGUACCCAUGGCUAUGCUCGGCCUUCAACGAGAUCGCCGACCCUUAUAUCCGUUUGUUGAACGUCGUCAUUCAGCCGGCAUACGACGAGAUCUCCUUCUCCCGCAUGAACCCAGCCUGCGCUGGCCCUUCCGUCACCGCGCCACGAUCACGAUGGGACGCGAAAUCGCAAGCUGCCGUCCCUCCCACUGUCAAGAGUCUGGUUCUUACACGCAAAGUGCCCGAACCAAUUCCUUCCCUCAACUGCCAGCAAGUCUUCUUCUACCCACAUUGGAGGGACUCGCUGCCCAGCUGCCGGAGCCUCGAAGAUGUUCCUCGCAUCUUCCUGCCGCUCCUCAAGGUUCUUGGCGUCUCGCUGUGGAGAGAUGCUGCGUUGUUGCAGAAGGUCUGUCGCCUGACCAAAGUUGGGUUUCGCCUUGCCAAUGCAGCCGACGCCUCAAACGCUACACCCAUGGAUGACUUUGACGACUUUGGCGAGCCCGAGCAGGACCCAGAGAGCCAAAUAUGGUUUGAUGUUCUGCGGUUCCACCUCCUGCCGGCAUUCUCGCUUUCGCCGUCCAACUCGGGCAUUGUGGACGAGAUCUGGAUGCUGGUUCGCAUCAUGCCCUACGAGAAGCGCUUCUCUCUCUAUGGCCAGUGGAAGAACGACCUCUACCAGUGGCCCGAGCUGCGUGCAGCGCAGGCUGCAACCGAAAAGGAAGCCAAAGGCAUCCUCAAGAGAAUCAGCAAGGACAACAUCAAGCAGUCGGGUCGCAACCUCGCCAAAGCUUCGCAUUCGAAUCCGACCAUCUUCUUCACCGUGGCUCUCAAUCAGGUGCAAGCGUACGACAAUCUGAUCCAGCCCUUGGUAGAAUCGGCGAAGUACCUCUCUCAGUUCGAGUACGACAUCUUCUCCUUCAACCUGGUAGACGCAUUAAGCAAUCCUGAAAAAGAGCGCACCAAGCAGGAUGGCACCAACAUCAGCCUGUGGCUCAAGUCUCUGGCCGCCUUUUGCGGGACACUCUUCCGACGCUACGCUAUGAUGGACUGCACGCCCAUUUUGCAGUACCUCGUCAACCAGCUCAAAGCCAACAACUCCAAAGAUCUCGUCAUCAUGUCCGAACUCAUCACCAAGAUGUCCGGAAUCGAGCCGCUCGCCAACCUCGCCGACGCGCAGAUCGCAGCUCUGACCGGUGGUCGCCAUUUGCACAUGGAGGCGAUGAUGGCUGCCAACGCUCUGACGGGCAGCAAGGAGCGUAUCGCCUACCGCCGCUCGGGCCAGCGUCUGCUCAAUGCUCUCGUGGAAAGCAAGCUUUCCGUGCCGCUCCUCAUCCUCGUAGCUCAGCAGCGCCAAGCUUGCAUUCACCUUGUGCCCGAGAGCGAAGCGCACCUCAAGUACCUCGGCAAUUUGUACGACUCGUGUCAAGAGGUGCUUCUGCAGUAUGUCGAGUUCCUCUUCAACCAUCUCGAAACGCCAGAUUACGCCUCGCUCGUCCCUUCGCUGCAGGAUCUCUGCGUCCGCUUCGGGAUCGAGCCCGCCAUGGCCUUCUAUAUUGCUCGACCCAAGCUUGUACACAGCAUGAAGCAGAUCGAGGCGGCAGACGCGGCAGACAAGCUUCGUGCCGAGCUUACGGCGAGUCGUGCAAAAGCCAAAGCGGCCGAGACGGAGAAAGAAAUGCCGGAUGCAGUUGAGGGGGGCAACGAAGGAAAGGAAGACGGCAUUGUAGAUACAACAGACGCCAACAAGGACGGCGAUGUCGAGAUGGAGGAUGCCGAGACGCCACAGCCCGGUACACAAGAUACGGAAAAUGGCCUUAGCAAUGUGAAUGAAGCAAAAGUGGAAGACAAAGCCUUACCACCAGCGACAGGACCUUGGCAUCGAGGCUUGUUGGAUGCCAUCGCAGCUGCAAAGGACAUGCUACCCGAAGCCGCUCACUCGAGCCUCGGCGUCCAUUUUUACGUGACGUUCUGGCAGCUCAGCCUAGCCGACAUCAAUGUCCCGAUCGAACGAUACCAGCAGGAAGUCAAGCGACUCAACGCUCUCAUCCGCGAACCGGGCGUCGAGGAUCAGCGGAAGCGACUCCUUCAGGACAAUGUCAACCAACUCAACGCCGAGAUGAAGGACCAGAUGAAGUCGCACGAGGUCACACGAAAGCGACUCAUGGCGGAGAAAGAUCACUGGUUCGACGACAAGGCGGAUCGUGGUGCCAUCGUGGCGCACCUGAUUCAGUACUGCUUGUUCCCGCGUGCACUGCUCUCGCCUACGGACGCCAUCCUCGCAGGCAAGUUCGUCCGCACCGCGCACAACCUGGGCACGCGCAACUUUUCGAGUCUCACCGCCUACGACAAGAUCUUUGUCGAUCACAUUGCAGCUGUCAUCUUCUCUUCCACCGAGAAUGAGGCUCGUAACUACUCGCGCUUCCUCUACACCAUCCUUGCCGACCUCAGCCCCUGGCACCGUUCGGUCGAGACAUUCAACAAGGAGGCCAUCGGUCAGAAGCUGCCCGGCUUCCAGAUGCGCUGGCACGAUCGCAACGGCGGCGAGGAGAUUCCUGCGGCCGAUCUGCUGUCGUGGGAGCAGUUCCGAAUCAUCUUUUGCAAAUGGCAGGACUGCCUUCAGAAGGCGUUCAAGAGCUGCCUCUCGUCCAAGGAGUACAUGCGCAUUCGCAACACGAUCAUUGUGAUGACCAGGAUCUCUCCUUUCUACCCGCUCAUCGAGUCCAACGGUAUAGAGAUCAGUGCCAUUGUCGAGUCGCUCGCAGCCAACGAACAGCGUGGUGACCUCAAGAUUCUCGCCCAGGGACUGCUGGCGACAUUGAAGGCUCGCAUGAAGUCUUGGGUUCCGAUGCAUCAGGCCCGAGCGGUGCCGAAUCCUCCGGCUGCUGCUGCCAAGGCGGAGACAGAUGCGAAGAAGGACACUGACAAGAACGACGGGAAGGAUGCAAAAGACGCUCGCAAACCGCAAGAGCCUGCAAACGCAAAGGAAGCAGCAGACGUUAAGGCAGCGACACAGCCAAAGAGGGAUGCUGGUCCAGCCGCUGCGCCUCAAACCAACGGCGUUGGCGCGAAAAAGGAAUCGGAAGACCGCAAAGCCAGCACGCCUGUCCCCUCCGGACCGCGAGUCUCGUCUGCAUCGGCCGGUCAAAGCGCUCGCGGAGGCCAAACGACCAAGGUGCCUCCCAGCGCCAACCUCCCAACCCGUCCAGCCCUCCAGUCGCGGCAGUCGACCGCCUCCGAGCCCAAAGACCGUCGAUCCGCCGGUCCACCUGCUAACGAACCUCGCCGAGCCGACGACCGCGGCAGCGCCAAGACCGAUGACUCGUCCAAGCGUCCUGCGCCAGCGGAGCGUAGUCAACCCGCACCGCCAUCCGGACCCCGCAACGACACUUCGCGAGACAAUGGCCUGCCCUCGCGUCCUCCUCGCGAGCCUGCCUCCUUGGACGACCGCAACCGCUCCAACGGUGGGGCAGGGGACCGUCGCCCACCGGCCAAAAUUACGCGCGAGCCUAUCGAAAAGACUCCUGCCCAACUGGCCCGCACGGAACCGAUGAAUCCACCUGCCGGACCGGCUAGCACGACGGGUGCCCAAGCUGCGCGCUCUCGUGCUGAUCGCGAUCGAGGUGAGCGAUCGACCUCUGCUUCACUGCCAGCCAAGGACGGGCGCGAGAGGGAGCGCGAGAGGGAGCGCAAUGCGGAUCGGGACAAGGCUCGCGCUGCGGACCGCGAUCGUGAGCGAGAGCGGGAGAGGGAGAGGGACCGGGAGCGUGAUCGACGGGAUCGUGAUCGGUCUGCUCGAGACCGGGAUCGUGACCGUGAAAGGGAGCGAGAGCGUGAGAGGGAGCGAGACCGCGAUCGUGCACGCGAUCGGGAUCGUGGGAGCAACCAACGCGAACGUGAUGACAAGAAGCGUGGUGGCAGUGCGCAAGCCAGCCGCAACGGCACACCUGUCCGCGACGCUCCUGUGGACGGGGGCAGCCGUGGAAGCGGGUCCAAUACACCGCUGGGUCCGCGUCGCGACCGCGAGCGCGAGCCUGCGGCAGCCACUCCGACCUCGGCACGCUCGACACCCGGCCCUGCGGGUGCGGGAGACGAGCUCAGCAUCCGCGGAGGUGCCGAACGCAAGCGCACACUUGUCGACCGUCUGGGUGGCUCCUCCGCCCCCGUCUCGGGUGGCAACUCGCCGAGACCGACCGAGGCAGACGCUGCAGCCGCCUGGGACACCCCCGCUGUCGCUGACAGCGCUAAGCGGGUCAAGCUCGAUCGUGCAAAGUACGUACCUGCUGGCCCGCCGACGGGUGUUCCUGAGGGCCCGAGGGGGGACAAGCGCCAGUCGGGAAGGAGCUCCUUCGGUGGCGGGAGGAGGGAUCGCGAUCGUCGGGAUCGGAGUGCUAGGCGGGCGGGCAACGAGUGA